UUGCGCAGGGCGCGGCAACGCCGCCAUGAGGAAGGAGGUCUUGUACGGCACCUUUGCGGUGGCUUGCUUGCUUGUGUACUACAAAUUGGAGGCGCCGGCGAAUGCGGCAUAUGACUACUGGCUCACGCUGGCAGCGGGUCUGCAGGCCCUUGGCUUCUUGAUGCUCGCCAUGGACACCACUGCCUCCGCCGCCGAGGGGCUCAGCGAGAAGACUCUUUGGGCCUUUGUCAUCGCCCACGUCACGCGGAUUUCCACCACGGUCUGGGGCGAGGGCUAUAUUCCAGAGGACAACACCGGGGACGUGUUUUUGUACCAGGGCUUGGAAGUGCUGGGGGUGCUGGUGGUGGUCUUCCAGGUGAUGCGACUGAGCGCCGUGCGCAGCUCCCAGGACGUGGGUCAAGGCAUCGAGCGCUGGAGCCAGGUCAUCGGCAUGUGUGGAGUUUCAGCGGUCCUGGCUUACUUUACGAAGAGCACCGGCCACGACGACUACUGGGCAGAUAUGAGCUGGAUGUUCUCCACCUGGCUGGAGGCCUUUGCGUUGGCCCCACAGGUGUAUUUGCUGGUGACCGGCGCCGGCUAUGUGGAUGAGAGCGCCGCCCACUUCGCCGGGCUUUCGCUGGGGUCUUCGGUGGUCUUUGCGGCCUUCUGGGGCCGCGUUACGCGGGACAGGUACAAAGAGUUCGACCAGGAUGGAGACCACACGUUCUUCCACGCAAUCCUCGUGGCCUGUUUCAUCCGCGUAGCGCUGUGCACGACAUACGUCUACCUCUUCACCAAGCAGACAAAGAAGAGACCAGACUACGAGCUGUGCGCGCAUGACGAGCUGUGAGCGGGAUCCCAUGUGCAGGGUUAGUCUUUCACAACUCAUAUUGAC